AAAGAUUUUAUCGUUGGAUCUCACUAGUGACUUCCAAUGUUCGUAAGAUUUUUGCAUCGAUUCCAACAAGUCGUAUCAGAUCUGUUUAGAUCUAUCAGAUCAAACUUCACCACCAAAACCAAAAUAUACUAUAAACACUAAGGUUUAUUUGGUUUGGUUCUAGUUACAGAGGUUGAUUUUGAGUGAUUUGUUAUAUAAACUUGGUAGUUUCGUUAUUCUUUUUCGAAACGAAAACUGAAACUGAACGCGGAUAGCGAUUUUCAUUGUAGAUUUUUGGGAUGGAGAAGCACGAAACAAUGACAGAAACCGAUGUUUCAUCUUCAGACUUGGACAAAUCAAAAGCACCUACAGUCAAGAUUUCAAAGCAAUGGGUCGUACCACCUCGACCCAAGCCGGGCCGCAAGCCCGCUUUAAAUGCGCAAGGAAAAAGAAAGAUUCCCAUCAAGCCUAAACCCGUUGCGUCUGAGACGGUAGGUACAACAGAACAGACGCAGUUUCAUGUGCGCGAGGAACAGUACCAGGAAUUGAUUGGGGAACUUCAACGAAAGAACAAUCUGCUAUUGGAGCAACUAGAAGCAAUGCAUAAGCAAAUGAGAAAUGUAUGUCUUGAACGAAACGUUACACCUCCAUUGAGUGUGGAGUUGUCGAGUGAAUCCAAUAACUCAGAAUCCCCCAAAAUCCAAAAUGCUGAACUACAACGUCACAAUUGUCCUGUUCAACCUCCAUGUUCCAAGAACGCCAUUUAUACAGAGGUGCCGAUCGAGUUGGAUCCUCAUGUUUUCUUGGGAGACUCGUCCAAGCGAGUCCGCUUGGCAAACAGACAUGGUGGGCAUGUGUCGACCAAGACGGUACCCUUGAAAGUGGGGCGUGUUGGCAACGAAAUAAAUUUCACCCCAGAAAACCCAAAGAUUACUGAGCGGAUUCGGGAGAAAGGUAUUUGUAACGGGGUGGAUGGAUGUCUGUACUCGUCCGAAUCCAUGAAUAAGAAACGGGCUCGAGAAUCCGAUGAAACCAAGAUCUAUGCACAAUUACUUAUUGAUCUUCAUAACUCUGCCCAGGAUGCUCCCACAGUGCAUGCUGGUCCUUCGAUUGAUUUUCUUCAAUCGAGAUCUGCUCAAAAGCCAAAGCCACCCAUCCUGGAGCCUAGUUUAGACCUGAAUUCUGUUGUUCCAAGAAUUUCCGCAUAACGAAAACGAAACGCUUAUUUUUGAUGACAGUACAUUUGUGAAUGAAAGAAUAUAAUCAAUCGCUUCAUCCGCUUCUUUGAAAUCGGUGCUUUUUUAUAGAUUAGGCAGCAUCCAACUUGCACCGAAUUGUUACAACCAAAUCUAAAAUCUCCACAUUUGUCUUUUUUUUUUUAUAUUUUCUCUUUUUAUUUUGUUCUUUUCAUUAUUAUAUAAUUAAAUGCUAUUGUUUUUCUAUUAUUUUCAAAAUUAUACAUAAAUACAUAUCUAUUUCCA